UGGGAAGUGGUGAGGAGAUAGUGCAGCUCGGGCUGGAGGGGGCAGCUGUCUGCCUGCAGGCCGCUAGCAUGUGCUUCUGCCGUGGAGAUGGCAAUGCAGCUCCAGACAGCUCCGCCCGCUGCUCCCCAUGUCCUUAGCUCGGUGAGGUCGGACUGCCUGGAAGUUGCACACCUGCUCCAUCCGCAUCUAGCUCUUCCACUCCAGCCUUUCUCCUUGGGGACCUGAGCUGGGAGGACAGCAUCUCCUUUUGGCUGCUCUGCUGUGGUCUUUGCAGGGUGGCACCUACCACACAAGCGAAGGGCAGAUCUCGGGACACCCUCCCCCUCCACCCUGCCUGGUGCUGGAGUCCAACCGAGCCCAAACGGGCUGUGUCUGCGCCGCCCCCUUUUUCCUGUAUCUUGGACCCGCACACUCCCAGCCGGACUGGAGAACUCACCUUCUGGAGGAUGCUAGGAGCAGGGUGGGUGCCGGGUCCCCCGAGGCUGCUGAUUCUGGGCCAGAGCUGCCAAGAGGAUGUUGAAGUUUCGGGCUGAUCGGCGGGUCAGCCACCAUGAGAGACGGAACACAUUUCUGCACCCAGUGACAGGACAGAUUCCAGAGGAAAACCACAAAUUUGACUUGAAAACAUCCACCUUGGACAUGUCCAAUAAAGCAGGCGGGAAACGCGUGACCACGACCAACAGCGACCUGUCCAACCACAACAUGGUGUCCGAGGUUUCCGCCGAGAGGCCCAGUGUCCGGGCCACCCGGACCUCCCGCAAGGCCAUUGCCUUUGGCAAGCGAGCCCACUCCAUGAAGAGGAACCCCAGCGCUCCCGUAGCCAAAGCCGGCUGGCUCUUCAAGCAGGCCAGCUCUGGAGUUAAGCAGUGGAACAAGCGCUGGUUUGUGCUGGUGGACCGCUGCCUCUUCUACUACAAAGAUGAGAAGGAAGAGAGUAUCCUGGGCAGCAUCCCCCUCCUGAGCUUCCGAGUGGCCGCUGUGCAGCCCUCUGACAACAUCAGCCGGAAGCACACUUUUAAGGUGACUAUGUUCCGGGUAGACGAGGCUGGAGCCAGUCCCACGCGCUGCCUAUCCCCACAGGCUGAGCACGCAGGGGUCCGCACCUACUUCUUCAGCGCCGAGAGCCCCGAGGAGCAGGAAGCCUGGAUCCAGGCUAUGGGGGAAGCUGCCCGUGUGCAGAUUCCCCCUGCUCAGAAGUCAGUGCCUCAAGCCGUGCGUCACAGUCAUGAGAAGCCGGACUCAGAGAACCUCCCACCCAGCAAACACCAUUCACAGCCGCCCCACAACAGCCUCCCCAAGACCGAGCCAGAAGCCAAGACUCGUGGGGAGGGUGACGGCCGAGGCUGUGAGAAGGCUGAGAGGAGGCUGGAGAGGCCGGAAACCAAGAAUGAGUCUCUGGGGAAAACCAACUGCAUCCAAGCUGGCCCAGAGCCCAACUCCGAGCCAGGCAGCCCCUACCCUGAGGGCCCAAGGGUGCCAGGGGGCGGGGAGCGGCAGGCCCAGCCCAAUGGCUGGCAGUACAGCUCUCCCAGCAGGCCAGGGAGCACAGCCUUCCCUCCUCAGGAUAGCGAAGGUGGGGGGCACCGGCAGAGCUUUCCUCCACGCACCAACCCCGACAAAAUCGCCCAGCGCAAGAGCUCCAUGAAUCAGCUUCAGCAGUGGGUGAACCUGCGCCGGGGAAUGCCCCCGCCUGAGGACCUUCGCAGCCCUUCCAGGUUCUAUUCUAUGGAGCACAGGGCCCCCGAUUAUUACUAUUCGGCCCAGUACCCCGACGAUUAUCAGUACUAUCCGCCGCGCGUGCGGCCCGACAGCAUCUGCUCCAUGCCCGCCUACGACCGCAUCAGCCCGCCCUGGGCACUGGAGGACAAGCGCCCAGCCUUCCGCAACGGGGGUGCUCCCGCCUACCAGCUGCGGGACUGGAAGGAGCCCGGCAGCUACGGGCGGCAAGAGGGCCCCGUGUGGCUCGCCAGCCCCUCCAGGCAGCCUGUCUAUUACGACGAGCUGGACGCGGCGGGCUCCCUGCGCCGCCUGUCCCUGCAGCCCCGGUCGCACUCGGUGCCUCGCUCGCCCAGCCAAGGCUCCUACGGCCGUGCGCGCAUCUACUCGCCGGUGCGCUCACCCAGUGCGCGCUUUGAUCGGCUGCCGCCACGCAGCGAGGACAUCUAUGCAGACCCCGCUGCCUACGUGAUGCGGCGCUCUAUCAGCUCUCCCAAGUAUGAUUACCUGGGAGACAGGCGGCCAGUCCCUGCAGGACUGUUCCCCUACAACUACCCACCGUCCCCCACGGUCCACGAUAAGAUGGAUGAACUUUUAGACCUUCAGUUGCAAAGAAACCUAGAGUAUUUGGAUCAGCAGAUGAGUGAGAGCGAGACACUCAUCACUAUGGUGAACCACAUGGUGGAGAACUCCUCCCCCCGGGCCCAACUCUUCAUGCAAGUCCCUCCAUACCCAGAAGUGUUCCGGGACAGCCUUCACACCUACAAGUUAAACGAACAGGACACAGAUAAGCUGCUGGGCAAACUGUGUGAGCAGAACAAGGUGGUGAGAGAGCAGGACCGGCUGGUGCAGCAGCUCCGGGCAGAGAAGGAGAGCCUAGAGAGUGCGCUGAUGGGGACCCACCAGGAGCUGGAGAUGUUUGGCAGCCAGCCUGCCUAUCCAGAGAAGUUACUGCACAAGAAGGAGUCAUUGCAGAACCAGCUCAUCAACAUUCGUGUGGAGCUUUCUCAAGCCAGCACUGCCCUGGCUAACAGUACCCUGGAAUAUGAGAACCUUGAGUCUGAGGUCUCAGCCCUCCAUGAUGACCUCUGGGAACAGCUCAACCUGGACAAUCAGAAUGAGGCACUCAGCCGGCAGAUCCAGAAGGAGAUCUGGAGAAUCCAGGAUGCCAUGGAGGGGCUGAGGAAGAACAACCCGUCCCGGGGCACAGACACCGCCAAGCACAGAGGAGCACUGGGCCCCUCGGCCAGCUAUGGCUCCAACAGCCCCGCCAGCCCGCUCAGCUCCACCAGCCUCACCAGCCCCUUGAGCCCCUUUUCACUCAUGUCUGGUUCUCAGGGUUCCCCCACCAAGCCCGGGUCCAGUGAGGAACCCGGCCCACCACGGCCUCCCCUCCCCAAAGCCUACGUCCCCCUGGAGUCUCCUCCUACCGUACCUCCACUCCCUAGCGAGAGCCGCUUCUGGCCGUACCCCAACUCCCCUUCCUGGAACCACAGUGGCGAGACAGCCAGGGGUCAGCAGAGCAAGAAAGAUGUCCCACAACCAGCACCAAUGGACGCCUCUCGGGACACCAACCAUGUGCCCAGCAGGCAAGAAGAGGCCGAGAAGCAAGCGGCUCUCAACAAAGUUGGCAUCGUGCCUCCCCGGACAAAAUCGCCCACCAACCAAGCGGGGACCCCGUCCAGGGUGGUGAGAAGAAGUGGCAACGGGCUGGCCAAUGGCCUCUCCCCCCGCCAGGAGCGCCCCAAAAGUGCUGUGUUUCCCGGGGAGGGCAAAGUGAAGAUGAGUGUGGAGGAGCAAAUCGACCGCAUGCGAAGGCACCAGAGUGGCUCCAUGAAGGAGAAACGACGGAGCCUGCAGCUCUCCGCCAGCCCAGCCCCAGAGCCCAGCCCCCGACCUACCUACAAAGUGGUGCGCCGUCAUCGCAGCACCCAUGAGGUGGACAUCUCCAACCUGGAGGCCGCUCUUCGGGCCGAGGAGUCAGGGGGUCAGGUCUAUGAGACGCCCCAGGAAGAAAUUGCCCGGCUUCGCAAGAUGGAGCUGGAGCCCCAGCACUAUGACGUGGACAUCACGAAGGAGCUGUCCACUCCAGACAAGGUCCUCAUCCCCGAGCGUUAUAUCGACUUGGAGCCCGACACACCACUAAGUCCUGAGGAGUUGAAGGAGAAACAGAAGAAGGUGGAGAGAAUCAAGACGCUUAUCGCCAAGUCCAGUAUGCAGAACGUGGUGCUCACCGGCGAGGGGGACCCAGUGGACGUGCCCCAAGACUCGGAGAGCCAGCUGCAGGAGCAGGAGAAGCGGAUUGAGAUCUCCUGUGCCCUGGCGACCGAGGCCUCCCGCCGCGGCCGCAUGCUGUCUGUGCAAUGUGCCACCCCAAGCCCUCCCACCUCCCCUGCCUCCCCGACUCCACCAGCCAACCCCCUCCCGUCUGAGUGCCCACGGGGUGCGGACAGCAGCCAUGCCAUGCAGGUCUGAGUGGACCACAAGCCCUGGCCAGUGCUGUGAAGCUCCAGAGAGCCACCUUCUGAGAUCACCUCUGAUCCUGCCGUGCCCAUUUCUGCCUGCCUGGUCCCUACGGUCCCUACCCCCUGCACUCCCUAGAAAGCCACUGGGAGCUGACAGGGACU